AUGAAGACUUUCGUCGCAAAUCGAGUCGCGGAGAUCCAGAACAAAACAAGCGUCACCGAUUGGCGUCAUGACCCCACCAGUGACAAUCCUGCGGACCUCAUCUCUCGGGGACAAUCACCCGAAGACUUCCGGCGACCUACCAUUUGGCAAACUGGACCACGAUGGCUGCAGCAAUCAGAAGAAUAUUGGCCUAUGUGGAGUCCAACACCUCUGGCCAACUUAUCAGAAAGGAAAGCAGCAACUUGCCUCGCCACAGCUCCUGUCAGCAACAGUCUAUUAGACAGGUUUUCAUCAUGGCCAAGGUUGAUCCGCAUCGCUGCCCGCUGUCUUCGCUGGAGACGAAAACAAGAUCGAUCGUUGCCACUCACCAUACAAGAACUACAGGUUUCCCACGAUAAACUUAUCAAAGUUUUACAGCACAUCCACUUCUCAGAUGAGAUAGCAACGCUCCGGAAGAAUCGAAACCUGCCGGUCGGUGGAAAACUCCAGCGACUCAAUCCAUUCCUAGAUAAGGCAGGAAUAUUGCGCGUCGGCGGCCGACUGAGUCAAGCACCGAUGGCCCUUGCGCAAAAACACCCGAUCAUACUGCCCAAGGCUCCCACCACCUCGCGUAUAAUCGAGAACGAGCAUAAGGCGGUGCACAUCGAACUCGUCGGCGAUCUCACGAGCGAAGCCUUCAUCGCCGCUCUUCGGCGAUUCAUCGCACGGCGAGGGUUUUGUUCGACGAUUCACUCCGACAAUGGCACAAACUUCAUCGGCGCCAACAACGAACUAAGGGAGCUCCACGAGCUCCUAAAAUCGGACGACUACAACGAGAAGGUCACGACAUUCCUGGCCAACAAGCAAAUCGAAUGGCGCUUCAUACCCUCUCAUUCUCCGCAUUUCGGUGGGUUAUGGGAGGCAGCAGUAAAGUCUUUCAAGCAUCACUUUCGACGCGUCGUGGGAAAUGAACUGCUUACCUUCGAGCAAUUUAACACUCUGAUCAUCGAAAUAGAAGCAGUCCUCAACUCCCGACCAUUAACACCCAUAUCCACCGAUCCCAAUGAUCUCCUCGUCCUCACUCCUGGUCAUUUUCUCAUUGGCGAAUCGUUAAUGAGUUUGCGUGAGCGACAUUUCAGAGACACUCAAUCCAACCGACUCUCCAGAUGGCAACACAUACAAAAGAUUAAGCAACAUUUCUGGAAACGUUGGCACCAGGAGUAUCUCAAUGAAAUGAACAAUCGCAACAAAUGGACCAAGGGUGGACACCACAUACAGGAAGGCACAAUCGUCCUGCUCAGAGAAGACAACGUACCCCCUAUGCAAUGGCCUUUGGGCCGUGUAAUCAAGGUCCACCCCGGAGCUGACGGCAUCAUCCGCACCGCCACUGUAAAGACAUCAUCGAGCCUCCUGGACCGCGGCGUCAAACGGCUGGUUCCCCUGCCAUGUCAAGCCGCCCCAGACGAGUCCGGAGAAUCACAAAUAUCGAAUAAGGGGAAUAGCACACCCACCUAA